AUGGGCAAUGUAAUGGACGCUGAGGAGGGCGCAGACAAUCACAGGAGACCAACAAUACUUAUUAUCGCUGAGAACGAACAAAACAAUGCCGGAGCUCGCCAGAGUCAAGGCGAAGGCAACCCGUUGUCUAGAUUACCCGUAUAUUCUUUCCAUGGAGACAAGGGUGUUAUCCAACCACUCAACGCCCCAGCGCGCAACGUAAUAGCGCACACGAGGCCAGCUCUGAUAAAGCAUGCUGUGGCCAGUGCUUUUCGACGCCAGGCGAACAAGAAGGGGCUUUACGCGGAUACAGAUUGUGUUGUACACUGGAAGCCAAGCGCGAUCCCCUUCCACAUUGAGUUUGAGAUAAACGCGUCAAACAACACUUGUCAACACUUGGCAUCUGUCAGGAAUAUCAAAGCUAAAGAUCCAGUCAGUACGCGACCCUACGCUCUUUUGACUGAUCUGACGGGAACAGGACCAAUACAGAGCGACAACCGGUCAAAUUGUACUGCCGAAGACAAGCGAACAUCCGAAACCAUACAGCAUGCCUGUCUCAUCAAAGACCAACAUAUCAGCCUGACUGAGAUUGACAUCAAGACUGCUGAAGCUACGGCUAAAAUGGUCAACGCUGGCAAGAUCGUUGCCGGCCUUCUUGUCUACUUGACGUCACGUAAGCCCCGCAUUGAGGACGUUGUAAUGUCAAAAGAGCCUCCGGUGACAGAUAAUAAGGCCUUUCAGCUCACAGAAAGACCCUUUCCAAAUGCCCCGCAGCGGCCAAAGCCACUUGUAUAUGCAGAUGAAAUCCAAGGUCUUGGGUCAGUAUUGAAGCACAAGCGGGUGGUAUCCAACCCGGAGAAUGGUAUUGAUGGGGUGACGUUCAUCGAACAUUCUACUCUUGGAGAGAACAGCGUACCGGAAGAUACGUCGGCCCUGAAGAAAACCCUGCCCGCAGAGCCUGCUGCUGCGAUAACGUCCUCGAAGGGAGGGAAAGCGUCCUCAUCCAAGAACAAUCAAUGCGGGAAGCAAAUUCGUAACAAGCGAACCAGGCAUGAAGCCAUUUCCAGUGUGAGCGCCUACCCAACGCAGCGACCUCCCCGCAAGAAAUCCGCAAGGAAAUCGAUUACUACUGAAGAUUCUUCAGAGGGGAGAAGGCCUGGUCGUGAAGAGUGUGACCUAAGCCAAGUGUCAGCGACUCGGUCGCUCAAUCUAGAUAACGGAGAAACCACACCAGAGCAAAAUUUGAUCGCCAAGGAAUUGUCACAGAAGGCCCUUACCUCUCCAGUGUCCGCUUCGAAAGAACACAAGGAGCCCAGAGCUCAUACAGCAAAGGAAGUCCUAAAUCUAGAACAGAUCGCAUUAGACGUCAUAUUUUCCCCAGGCGACAUUGUCUGUUGUGAGGAUCUGAUCACUACCGCAGACAAGCCGAUACCCUUCUCUCUAACAACCAAAUCGAUAGACAACAAUGGAAGCGGAGUCCAAGGCCUAUUGUGGGCUUAUGCCAUUGAUACAAAGGUUGACGAAACUUUGGAAGAAGCAGGAACAUGGCUCUGGAGAAGGCCAAAGACAUAUAUCUGUACUCAACCCUUGUUGCGAAUGGAGAAGUUUGGUCAUUCUAUCCUAGCUUCAGUCGUCAUCUCCCACGAGAGAACGGAGAAUGAUGAGCCAAUAAUCGAAAAUGAUGGAAGUGCUGUCCAUAUUGUGCCUCACGAGCAGUGUUGGGAUGAUGUCCGAUCCCACAAGUCUCACCCCGAUUUUCUUGUCCCGGAGAAAUUGGUCGAAUAUCAGGCCAGCGAAGCAGCUGGCUACGACAUCUGGCGCCAUGACAGAGAUCUCCUAGAAUGCCGCAAGCCCGACUGCGAUGCCAUGAUUUCGGAUUACCACCAUUCCGUUGUCGUCUGCCUGGGCUGUGGGCCCAAGAGCAUUGUGCGCUAUUGUUCCUUACAGCAUCAAUUGGAAGACAUCGAAGGACAUUGGGAGGAGUGUGGCACGUGGGAAGGACUCCUACAACGCGUGAUUGACCAUACUACCGCGCCGAGCAAAUUCGCCCGAAUGUAUCCAGCAAUCAAACAGAGGCAUGGAUCGAAAAAUGCCGCUCUGCAUCGUCAAAUGCUCUAUUGCGCGCUUACCUACGGUCAUUAUACGCUAUUCGACUCGGCUUCGAAUCGCUCUGAGACCUUGUGCUGGCCAAAGCAAGAUCCAAAGUGGCCAGAGAUGGACCGACGCGUUGAGCGCCUACUCAACGUCGCCUUUCUCGACAGCUGGAACCACUACGUCUUGGGCUAUCUUUACCGCCUGUUGCGUGAACUUUUGCGAUCUCGAGGCGAAUGGUCCAAACGUACCGAGCGAUCCCUGAAGUUACAAUUCGAGGCAGAGUUCAGCGAUUACAAAGUCAAUACAAGAUGGCACAACGGCGAGGCUCCUUGCCAGUGUGAAUGGUCCGGCAAAAUUCUCCCUCGAUAUGAUCACUUGUCAACAUGCGGGUAUGCCCUAGUAGCGGACGAUUAUGGUCCAGUCCGGCGUCAGAAAUGCAUCGAAACAACGGUUGAAGACUAUGAAGAGAGAUUCUGGAUAUUGAGGGCAUGGCGGCAGCAACAUCCAACGCAGAACAAUUGGCGCUUCAGGGCUGCUGGGCAUGGCUUCAGAGCUAUGGUACCUGAUGAGGAAUGUUAUGACUUAGGUCCAGGUUGGACUGGGUGGGGAGGCGAAAUGGACAAUAUCUGUGCGGAUCAAGAGGAUCACGGAGAGAAGCGCAGUAUGCGGUCAGCUUGA